UAUGUAGCCACUCCCCGUUUCCCGACUAUUACGUGACUCCACCACAUCCAGCCCCUGUCCGGCCCCGCCCCGCUCGGACUGUGUGCUGCCCGAGGUGUAGUGUGGUCGAGGGGGAGAGGGCGUGGCUUGAGUACGUCACAGUGUGCGUCGUGUCGGUCGCUGCUCCUGCUUCCUCCAUGUUGCCUAGCUGAGCCGCUUCGGCCGCUGCUUGUCACCCGUGUCCGGAAGGAGGGGAGCGGGGCGAGCGCUGUGGCCUGGGGGGCUGCUCUGUACAGGCUCAUCGCGGCGGCAGCGGCUUUCUCUGUGAUGCCUCCUCCAGCGCCCACAAUGAUCUCCUAGGAAGCUGCGCUAUCUAUGUGCUGCUGUGGGUACUGAGGAGCCGCCUGUGCCCAGCUGCGGUGUGGCUCAGCCCUGGCAUGCCCUCCUCCAGCGGGCACAUUACUGCGCACACCGGGGACUGGGGCUCUGCUGCUCUACGUCUCGGUGCAUAAGGACACUGUGCAGCCGGACUCUCCCCCGCAGGAGACCCGCUAAGUGACACAUUUCUGGGCUAAAACCGGUCUCCCCAAUCCGGAAGCAUGGCCUGGGCACUGAAGCUACCGCUGGCCGAUGAGGUGAUAGAGUCCGGUCUGGUGCAAGACUUUGAUGCCAGUCUAUCUGGAAUUGGGCAGGAGCUGGGUGCCGGCGCCUAUAGUAUGAGUGAUGUUCUUGCCCUUCCCAUCUUCAAGCAAGAAGAGUCAAGUCUGCCACCUGAAAAUGAAAACAAGAUCCUACCUUUCCAGUAUGUACUGUGUACGGCCACUUCCCCUGCUGUGAAACUUCAUGAGGAGACGCUCACCUAUCUCAAUCAAGGUCAGUCCUAUGAAAUUAGGAUGUUGGACAACAGAAAACUUGGAGAGUUGCCAGAACUUAAUGGCAAAUUAGUUAAGAGCAUCUUCCGAGUAGUGUUUCAUGAUCGUCGCCUCCAGUACUCCGAGCACCAGCAGCUGGAAGGCUGGAGGUGGAACAGGCCUGGGGACAGAAUACUUGACAUUGAUAUCCCCAUGUCUGUGGGUAUUAUUGACCCACGAGCAAAUCCAACCCAGCUUAACACUGUCGAAUUUCUCUGGGAUCCUGCAAAGAGGACAUCUGUGUUUAUUCAAGUCCACUGCAUUAGUACAGAAUUUACCAUGAGGAAGCACGGGGGUGAGAAAGGUGUACCCUUCCGAAUCCAAAUAGAUACUUUCAAGGAGAAUGAGAAUGGAGAGUAUACAGAGCACCUGCACUCAGCCAGCUGUCAGAUCAAAGUCUUCAAGCCUAAAGGAGCAGACCGAAAGCAGAAAACUGACCGAGAAAAGAUGGAGAAGCGGACUCCACUGGAGAAGGAAAAAUAUCAACCUUCCUAUGAGACCACAAUACUCACAGAGUGCUCACCGUGGCCAGAGAUCACAUAUGUUCCAAAUGCGCCCUCUCCUGGAUUUAACAGCUCACACAAUAGUUUUACAAUUGGGGAAGGUAAUGGUUCUCCGAAUCAUCAGCCUGAACCCCCAGCGCCCAUCAUUGAUGUCAGUGUAGCAUUGACACCCGUUCAGAACCUCUUGCCUACAUCAACCCCUCAGGAGGCACAACAGUGGCUACAUAGAAAUAGAUUUGCUGCAUUCUCGCGGCUAUUCACAAAUUUCUCAGGUGCAGAUUUAUUAAAGUUAACUAGAGACGAUGUUAUCCAGAUCUGUGGUCCUGCUGAUGGUAUUCGGCUUUUCAAUGCACUGAAAGGGAGGGUGGUGCGGCCCAGGCUCACGAUUUACGUUUGCCAGGAAUCGCAGCAACUGCGGGAGCAUCAGCAGCAGAAACACGAGAAUGGUGAGCAAGGAAAUGGUGCUUUUUAUGUGUAUCAUGCAAUCUACCUGGAGGACCUCACGUCUCUGGAAUUAACAGAAAAGAUUGCCCAGCUUUUCAAUAUUUCUCCUCAUCAGAUUAACCAGAUUUACAAACAGGGACCCACAGGCAUUCAUGUACUUAUCAGUGAUGAGAUGAUUCAAAAUUUUCAAGACGAGUCAUGCUUUGUGUUGGAUACAAUGAAAGCUGAAGGCAAUGACAGUUACCACAUCAUCUUAAAAUAAGGUGCCAUAGCCGAUGCUCCUUGUUUCCUCAUCACUGAAGACACAGAUCCGGGUUCUCCUGUAGGCAGAUUCCCAAGACUUGAAUGCACUAGAGACCACUGACUCUCCAAGUGUGUUGCCACUUUAUUGGCAAAUGACUUGAUUCCCCCCCCCCCCCCCCCCCCUUCCCCCUCCUAUUGAGAGAGACGGGCUGACCCUGCUUGUGCAGACUGAAAUCAAACAUGCAUUCUGUUAAACAAGCUGAGUUUAUCACAGCGAUGAAGCAUAGUGGUGAUAUCUCUUGGCGUAUUGAUCUGGUUUUGUCUGCAUAAGGGCGAGCAGCUGCAGAUAUUUUAAAAAGACAUGGACUUGGAUUACGUGAACCUGGUCAGAGUAAUACAGUACUUUGGGUUAUACAUUCACUAUCCACUUCCCUUUUUUAUACAUAAAACAAAGAAAGAAAAAAGAAAACCUUAUAAACCUUUUAAGCUGUUUCACCGGCUGCUGUAAGAAGUGGAUGCAAUAUUCUUGAAGCAUAUUGUUGUAUGUUGGAUCACCCCAACAAAACUGUACUGUCUGAAAAGGGGGGUAUUUAGUGUUUUUUUUUUUUUUAAAUGUAGCAUGUGUCCUUUUGUAUGAUGCUUUUUGUAACACCAGCCAUCUUCCCCCAGCUAUCCCUGUUCUCCAGAUUUUUACUUGCCUUUAUACGUAUAUAUUUUUUUUUAAUGGACUCCCACUGAAGAUGACACUUCUUAUUUCUACCUGACUGUUGGACAGGUAACGUUCCUGUUACUGAUCGAUGGACUUGUUUGUCAAUGCUGUAUACAUCUGUGAUCUUGGCGAUUUGCAUUGUUCCAACCAGACUCACCUUUUAUCUGUAAACCUAAGGAAAAAAUAAAUAAAUAAAUAUAUAUAUAUAUAUAUAUAUAUAUAUAUAUAUAUAUAUAUAUAUACACAAA